AUGGCGACGGACCAAUUCGAUAGCGCACUUUCCACUAGCGACCUUCUUCGUCGCCUGCCCCCCUCUUCAACAGCCUCUUCCCUUAACAAAAUAUGCUCCCUUGCCCCUGACUUAACGGAGGAGCUCCUUUCUUCGGUCGAUCAGCCUCUAGAAGUCCGCCGCUGCAAGAAGAGCGGUCGCGAUUAUCUGCUAUGCGAUUACAACCGCGACGGAGAUAGCUGGAGGAGCCCGUGGAGCAACGAAUUUGAAUAUCAUGGAAUUGGAGUCUCUGGGGACGACGAGGAAGAGGGAGUGAAGCCUAGCGAAAGAGUCAGGAAAAUGGAAGUUGCCAUGGGGGAGGGGAUUGAUGUGUAUCGGGAGCUAUAUUACGAAGGCGGGGUGAGUAGUGUCUACUUCUGGGAUCUUGACGAUGGUUUCGCUGGAGUAGUUUUACUGAAGAAAUCAACACCAAAAGCCCAAAGCGAAGGGGGCUGGGACUCUAUCCAUGUGUUUGAAUCGGUCGACAGAGCACGAUCGGCGCACUACAAACUCACAAGCACGGUCAUACUACGAUUGAGCACUACAAGCGAUGCAUUAGGGGACAUGGAUCUCAGUGGGAACAUGACACGGCAGAUUGAGCAGGAUUUGCCUGUGAUUGACGAUUCGGGUCAUAUCAUGAAUGUUGGCAAAUUGGUGGAGGAUAUGGAACUAAAGAUGAGAAAUCUGCUGCGUAUGAUUCCUUCUCGUCGUGUUUGA